AUGCAAACCUGUGUUGACUCUCCCAGGGCCGAGUGUGUGAGCUUCCAGGAAAGCGGGAUGAAAGAAUCCUCUGAGUUUGCACUCAUCCCCAGUGAAACGGAAAUCCAGAUUGUUGCCAGUUUGCUGCAUAUUUCAGCAGAUCUUCUUCAAAGGGCCAUCACCCACCGAGUCACUGAAACAUGUUAUGACCGGAUAUUCACUCCAUUGUCAGUAGAAAGUGCUAUAGAUGCCAGGGAUGCAGUCGCCAAAGUUUUGUAUUCGCUGCUCUUUGAGUGGCUGCUGACGAAAAUCAAUGAGUGGCUGGCCCCCUUGGAAAUGGACAGCACCAUUGGCAUUGUUGACAUAUAUGGCUUUGAGGAUCUCGGGGUGAACAGCCUGGAACAGCUGUGCAUCAACUUUGCCAAUGAACACCUCCAGCACUUCUUCAGCAGAAUAGUCGUCACCCAAGAGGAGGAGGAGUAUGCAGAAGAAGACCUCAUCUGGAGUCCUGUGUCCAAGAUACCUAGCGAGUCCUGCUUAGAUCUGAUAGCUGCAAAGCCCCAUGGGAUUAUGCGCAUCCUGGACGAUCAGACUUUACUAUCGCAGGCCACAGACCACACCUUCUUGCAGAAGUGCCAUUACCAUCAUGCCAACAGUCCUUGGUAUGUCAAGCCAAAGCUGCCUUUGCCUGUCUUCACUGUGCAGCAUUAUGCAGGACCAGUUACCUACCAGGUCCACAAGUUUCUGAAUAAAAACCACGAUCUGUUACGCCCAGAGGUCCUGGAGAUAUUUUCCCACAGCCACCACAAGACAUCAAGAGACACUUAA